AUAUGCUCUUACUCAAACCUCACCAUCUUCCAAUUACAUUUUUCACCAUUGAGAACAAAAUCAACUAUUGUUUGGUUUUUAUUCAUCACAAUGGGAACGCUAACGAGCUGCAGUUUCAGCUCAAUGAAUAUAAGGUUCCGUUUGAAUCCUCCAGUUAAUUACACUUUCAGUCGAAGAAUCCAAUUGAAGAGAAUGUCCAAACGGAAUUUCGGUCGAUUGAUUAUUAGGUGUAGUAGCGGUAGUAGUGGCAAUGGCAGUAGCAAUGACAGUGGUAGCAGUAGCGAUGGGAAAUUGGAAAAGGAUUCUUCAAAUUUGGCUACAGUUACUGAAGAAACCACUGAAGAAAGGAACGGCGGCGGUGGCGCCAGCGGUGUGGAAAAUGAUUCGGAUGAUUCUCCGGUGUCAAUUUCUUCCAGACCAACAAUAUCCACUGUUGGAUCAACUUAUAAUAAUUUCCAAGUAGAUUCUUUUAAGUUGAUGGAACUUCUUGGACCAGAAAAGGUUGAUCCCAGUGAUGUGAAGUUCAUUAAGGAAAAGUUAUUUGGCUACUCUACUUUUUGGGUGACUAAAGAAGAACCAUUUGGAGAUCUUGGAGAGGGCAUUCUUUUCCUUGGGAAUCUUAGAGGAAAGAGGGAGGAUGUUUUUGCCAAACUUCAGAGUCAGUUAUCAGAAAUUAUGGGUGAUAAGUACAACCUGUUCAUGGUGGAGGAACCUAAUUCAGAGGGGCCAGACCCGCGUGGUGGGCCCAGAGUCAGCUUUGGUAUGCUGCGGAAAGAAGUUUCUGAACCAGGUCCAACAACUCUCUGGCAAUAUGUAAUUGCUUUUCUGUUGUUCCUUCUCACUAUUGGUUCCUCUGUGGAGCUAGGAAUUGCAUCUCAGAUAACUCGCCUUCCUCCUGAGGUAGUUAAGUACUUUACUGAUCCAAAUGCAAUUGAACCACCAGAUAUGCAGCUUUUAUUACCGUUUGUGGAUUCUGCUUUACCGUUGGCAUAUGGUGUGCUGGGUGUGCAGUUAUUUCAUGAAAUUGGGCAUUUUCUGGCUGCAUUUCCAAGGAAUGUGAAAUUAAGCAUUCCUUUCUUUAUUCCAAACAUCACUCUUGGAAGCUUUGGAGCAAUCACUCAGUUCAAAUCUAUUCUUCCCGAUCGCAAAGCAAAGGUAGACAUUUCUCUUGCGGGUCCUUUUGCUGGUGCUGCAUUGUCUUCUUCCAUGUUUGCGGUUGGCCUGUUACUCUCAUCCAAUCCUGCUGCUGCUGGAGAGUUGGUUCAGGUUCCUAGCACACUUUUCCAGGGCUCUUUGCUUCUCGGGCUUAUUAGCAGAGCCACUCUUGGUUAUGGAGCAAUGCAUGGUGCAAUGGUUUCAAUCCAUCCUCUUGUGAUAGCUGGCUGGUGUGGCUUGACUACAUCGGCUUUUAAUAUGCUGCCAGUUGGAUGUCUUGAUGGUGGGAGAGCUGUGCAGGGAGCCUUUGGGAAAGGAUCACUUAUUGGUUUUGGUUUGGCGACAUACACACUUCUGGGCUUGGGCGUGCUUGGUGGACCUUUGUCACUUCCUUGGGGAUUGUAUGUGCUUAUAUGUCAGAGGACACCGGAGAAACCAUGCUUGAAUGAUGUAACAGAGGUCGGAAAUUGGAGAAAAGCAGCUCUUGGUGUGGCUAUAUUCCUUGUUGUAUUGACUCUUCUUCCUGUAUGGGAUGAACUUGCAGAAGAACUAGGUAUAGGUCUUGUAACCAGCUUUUGAUUCAUUAAAGAUGGAGUCCUGCCAAUUUUGAUGUGGGCAUGGGCUUAAGGAGUUGGUAUGCAUCAUUUUUUAAGUAAUCAUACUGAUCUUUUGACUGUACGUAGUGGACUAUGUAUACAUGUAUAUAGUGAGCUACCAUUUUUUUAUUGCA